GGAUCAUCCAUGCAUCAUGUGGACUGGAGGCUGUAGGAGAAUUCCAGUUUUGGUAUUCCAUGCCGACGCUAUUCUUACAAAGGACAACAAUAUUAGAGGAAUUGGAGAACGUUAUCAUUUGUCUUAUAAGAUUGUACGAACGGACAGUCGCCUAGUACGCAGCAUUCUGACAGCCCAUGGAUUUCAUGAAGUUCACCCAAGCAGCACUGACUAUAACCUAAUGUGGACAGGAUCCCACCUGAAGCCCUUCUUACUGCGCACCCUCUCUGAAGCACAAAAAGUUAAUCACUUUCCCAGGUCUUAUGAACUUACCCGGAAGGAUCGACUGUACAAAAACAUUAUUCGAAUGCAGCAUACACAUGGAUUCAAGGCUUUUCACAUCCUCCCCCAGACCUUCCUCCUGCCAGCUGAGUACGCGGAAUUUUGUAAUUCAUAUUCAAAGGACCGGGGACCUUGGAUAGUAAAACCAGUGGCAUCUUCUAGGGGGCGGGGCGUCUACCUGAUCAACAAUCCAAACCAGAUUUCCCUGGAAGAAAACAUUCUGGUCUCCCGUUAUAUUAACAACCCCCUGCUCAUAGAUGAUUUCAAGUUUGAUGUGCGCCUCUAUGUGCUGGUGACUUCCUAUGAUCCUCUUGUCAUCUAUCUGUAUGAAGAAGGAUUGGCUAGGUUUGCAACUGUGCGAUAUGAUCAAGGAGCCAAGAACAUACGGAACCAGUUCAUGCAUCUGACAAACUACAGUGUGAACAAGAAGAGUGGAGACUACGUCAGUUGUGAUGAUCCAGAAGUGGAGGACUAUGGAAACAAAUGGAGCAUGAGUGCUAUGCUUAGGUACCUGAAACAAGAAGGCAGAGAUACAACCGCAUUGAUGGCCCAUGUAGAAGACCUGAUCAUUAAGACUAUAAUCUCUGCUGAACUAGCUAUUGCUACUGCCUGUAAAACCUUUGUUCCUCAUCGCAGCAGUUGUUUUGAACUCUAUGGCUUUGACGUGCUCAUAGAUGCUACUCUGAAGCCAUGGUUGUUGGAAGUGAAUCUCUCUCCUUCUUUGGCUUGUGAUGCACCUCUGGACCUAAAGAUUAAAGCCAGUAUGAUUUCAGAUAUGUUCACUGUUGUAGGAUUUGUGUGCCAAGAUCCUGCCCAGCGGGCAUCAACCCGGCCAAUUUAUCCCACCUUUGAGUCUUCCAGGCGAAACCCUUUCCAGAAACCUCAGCGUCCAGUAUCUGCACAGUUUCAGUCAUCAAAGGCCAAGCAGCGUUCCCGUCCACUCUCUGCCAGUGAUGCGGAAAUGAAAAACCUCGUGGGCUCAGCCCGGGAGAAAGGGCCAGGGAAUUUGGGUGGUUCUGUGCUUGGUCUGUCAAUGGAGGAGAUCAAAGUUUUACGGAGGGUGAAGGAGGAGAAUGAUCGGAGAGGUGGAUUUAUUCGCAUAUUUCCUACGUCUGAGACAUGGGAAAUAUAUGGGUCCUACCUCGAGCAUAAGACCUCAAUGAACUAUAUGCUGGCAACACGCCUCUUCCAGGACAGGGGAAACCCAAGAAGAAGCUUACUGACAGGAAGAACACGAAUGACUGCUGAUGGAGCGCCAGAAUUGAAGAUAGAGAGCCUGAAUUCAAAGGCCAAGCUGCAUGCUGCACUUUACGAGAGGAAGCUCCUGUCUCUGGAGGUGCGAAAACGUAGACGACGGAGUAGCAGAUUGAGGGCAAUGAGGCCAAAAUACCCAGUGAUUACCCAACCAGCUGAAAUGAAUGUUAAAACUGAGACAGAGAGUGAAGAGGAGGAAGAAGUCGCAUUAGACAAUGAAGAUGAAGAGCAGGAAGCUUCCCAGGAGGAGUCUGCAGGAUUUCUUAGAGAAAAUGAAGCCAAAGAUACACCCUCAUUGACAACUUUGGUAGAAAAUACACCCAAAGAAAAUUCCAUGAAAGUUCGUGAAUGGAGUAAAAAAGGUGAACGGUGCUACAAACUUGAGACUCAGGAGCUGGAGCCUAAAUUUAACCUGAUGCAGGUUCUUCAAGAUAACGGCAAUCUUAGCAAAGUGCAGGCCCGAAUAGCAUUCUCUGCCUAUCUCCAGCAUGUUCAAAUUCGCCUGAUGAAAGACAGUGGAGGUCAGACGUUCAGUGCCAGUUGGGCUGCCAAAGAGGAUGAACAGAUGGAGCUGGUUGUUCGUUUCCUCAAGCGAGCAUCAAAUAACCUCCAGCAGUCACUGAGGAUGGUAUUACCCAGCCGACGAUUGGCACUUCUGGAACGCAGAAGAAUCCUGGCCCACCAGCUGGGUGACUUUAUCAUCGUAUACAACAAGGAAACAGAACAAAUGGCUGAAAAGAAAUCAAAGAAGAAAGUUGAAGAAGAAGAGGAGGAUGGGGUGACUAUGGAAAACUUUCAGGAGUUCAUCAGACAAGCAAGUGAGGCUGAACUGGAGGAGGUGUUGACUUUUUAUACCCAAAAGAACAAGUCUGCUAGUGUCUUCCUGGGGACUCACUCUAAAAGUUCUAAGAACAACAACAGUUAUUCUGAUAGUGGGGCAAAAGGUGAUCACCCUGAGACUAUAAUGGAAGAAGCGAAAAUGAAGCCGCCUAAACAGCAACAGACAACAGAAAUUCACUCUGAUAAAUUAUCUCGAUUUACCACUUCAGCAGAAAAAGAGGCAAAAUUAGUUUAUACCAAUUCUUCGUCUGCUCCUUUCUCUGGUCCUACUGCUACUCUGCAGAAAAUUCCCAACACCCAUUUGUCAUCUGUUACAACCUCAGACCUCUCUCCAGGGCCUGGCCACCAUUCUUCUUUAUCUCAAAUUCCUUCAGCUAUCCCCAGCAUGCCUCACCAGCCAACAAUUUUACUGAACAGAGUCUCUGCCAGUGCUUCUCCCUCCCUACAUCCUGGGACACAGAACAUCCCAAGCCCUGCUGGCCUGCCUCGCUGUCGAUCAGGAAGUCACACCAUUGGCUCCUUUUCUUCCUUCCAAAGUGCUGCACACAUCUAUAGCCAGAAACUGUCUCGUCCCUCUUCAGCAAAGGCAGCAGGAUCGUGCUAUCUAAACAAGCAUCAUUCAGGAAUAGCCAAAACACAAAAAGAGGGAGAAGAUGCUUCUUUGUAUAGCAAACGAUACAACCAAAGUAUGGUUACAGCUGAACUUCAGCGGCUAGCUGAGAAGCAGGCAGCGAGACAGUAUUCUCCAUCCAGCCACAUCAACCUCCUCACCCAGCAGGUGACAAACUUGAAUUUGGCCACUGGCAUCAUAAACAGAAGCAGUGCUUCAACUCCCCCCACCCUCCGACCCAUCAUCAGCCCUAGUGGCCCCACAUGGUUGGUGCAGUCGGACCCUCAAGCUCCUGAGAAUCACUCCAGCCCUCCCGGAAGCAGGAGCCUCCAGACAGGUGGGUUUGCCUGGGAAGGAGAGGUAGAAAACAACGUGUACAGCAAGGCUACAGGGGUGGUCCCCCAGCACAAGUAUCACCCCACAGCAGGCAGCUAUCAGCUCCAUUUUGCCCUGCAGCAACUUGAACAACAAAAACUUCAGUCCCGGCAGCUCCUGGACCAGAGUCGAGCCCGGCACCAGGCGAUCUUUGGCAGCCAGACACUACCUAACUCCAAUUUAUGGACAAUGAAUAAUGGUGCAGAUUGUAGAAUUUCCAGUGCCACAGCUAGUGGCCAGAAGCCAACCACUCUGCCACAAAAAGCAGUACCACCUCCAAGUUCUUGCGCCUCCCUGGUCCCCAAACCCCCACCCAACCACAAACAAGUGCUCAGAAGGGCAACAUCCCAGAGGGCUUCCAAAGGGUCCUCCGCAGAUGCGCAGCUGAAUGGACUCCAAAGCAGCCUUAACCCUGCAGCCUUUGUGCCCAUCACCAGCUCCACAGAUCCUGCUCACACUAAAAGAUGAACCACAAACACACAGAGAAACAACUUGUUCACCACUCCUGGGUGCGUGACUGAGGGUGAAGCAUCCACCAGCACUUCAAGGGGUCCAUAGUAUUUUCUUUUGCUGCCUCAAAGUCCCCAAAGCCUUCAAGCAGAAGUGGCAGUAGAUGGUUGCCAAUCAGCCAAUGCAGACUUUCACUGGGACAACAGGAAAGCAGAUCUUCUGGGUUUUGAUGGAACUUGGCAGUGGGGACAUUGAGCUGAUGCAUUAUAUACCCCAUCAGAGCACACGUGUAUCUUUUCCCCUCCCUUUGCCCCAUGCCCCCAACCUGCUUAGGUCUUCUCUGUCCCUUUACUGCUGCCGCACAGAGAUGAUAUAAAAGAGGCUCUUUGGCUAUUUGUAUUUUGCUUCCUCUUCUUUUCCAGAUUGCAGUAUGAAGCUUUAUUUUCUUUGUACAAGCUUAAAAUUCCAACAUCAUCGUCCACCAAAGUUGCUCCUCCCUUUUCGGAGGGUCUGGGGGAAGGAGGAGCAUUGAUCACAAGUUUCCUAGAGAGAGGAGACAAAUUGGUGUACUGUUGGCAACAGGAGCCAGGCUAAAGGCACCCUUUGGAAUUACUGAUUUCAAAGAUUAAUAAAGUAAUUCUAUUUUUAUUUUC